AUGGCAUUGCGCCAGCUGCUCGGCGUUACUUGCCUUGCACUUCGUCUUCUAAUAUCUUCUGUUGGCGUACAUGGAAUUACAGACCAUUCCCGAGGUGAGACUACUUUGAAUAUAUUUCUGGAGAUACUGACCGAUCUAGAACUUCACAGCAAGCCCCAGGAUCCUUCUUGGAACUCCACAGGUGAUACAAGUCCAGCCAUCAGUGCCGCUGCAACGUCGUCGAGGCUAAGCACCCCUUCUUCCGAAGGAAUUGUGGCUCCUCAGACGACUCCAUCAAGCAUUCAACCACUAAAAGCUGGUGCUGUCUUGUUGCAGCGUCCUAGGCCUUUUCAGCGUUUUCGGCCUUAUCAAAAAUUUCCCCCUGGGGACCACGCAAUCCUUUCUGCGAAUACUUUACUUUCAAGCUCGAGGGAUACUUUAACACCAACUGGGGCAGGUUCCUUGUUCUCUACCGAUAGAUCUGUUUACAUUUUAGGCGCGACUCGCGGAAGCUCGACCGCAUCACGAAGUAUAUCAGCGUUAACGUCGGCUUAUACUGACGGUUUUCGAGUCGUACGGCCGUCCGAUGGCACAGCAGGUCAUGUUCCGGCGAGCGCGCGCAACGCAUCCUCGACUCCGGCAGGGUAUCCACAAGGUCCAAUUGCAAGUCUUCCACCCGCAAGCUCCGCCAUUCGAACAAUGACUUCAGGCUCUGCACUUAGUGGUAGCAAGAAUGCAUCGGCAAGCUUGAAAUCUGUCGCUGCAGCAUCAGGAACAGGGGAAAGUCCAAGGCUCGUAGAAGUUCUGGAUUCAAUCAAGAACAGAACCGAAAGCAGGACCAGAUUGCAUCCUUGGCUCGGACCAAGACCGCUUGAUGUUGGGCCAAUUCAUUUGCCUCUUUGGAGCUUGAGGAUUGGAACGUACGCCACCGCUGGAGGGCAAAUACAAAUGCCACCUUUAGCAACGGCUACAGGCAGCGAUAGAAUCUCAUCAACCGAAUUUAACUUGGCACCCUCGGGAAAGGGAGAAAGCUCGGCGCUAAGAAAUUAUCUCAACUCUAUGAACAAUAAUAGGACCGAAGGCAGGAAUUCAGAAAGAAUAAAGUUGUAUAGACCUUCAGAAGGCCAAUACCCCACAAAUUGUUCAGGUCUUGUCACCAGUACUGCACAUAUUGUGUACGAGACUGUCACUUCCACAAUACUGGUCAAUGAGACCUUAACGCUAGGUCCAAACGCUACGACACCGCUUCCUGUGUUUAUUACUCCACCUCCAGCUUGCCAGACUAUCACCGCGCCGUGCGAAGGGCCAGAUUGCCCUUCGAGUGGGACUCAGCCCAUCUUCCCUCCCAUCAUUGGCCCUCCUAUCCCCAAGAAACCACUGCCACAACCUCCUAUUGUGUUGACACCAUACACGCCACUUACAAUUACAAGUACGCUUCUUGUCACCAAAAAAUCGCCUGCCAUUGUGCAACAACUGUCUACGGUUGGAAACUUGUUCGGGCCCUCAACGCCAACUCCCCAAGCUAUAGCGGCUCAGCCAAUUCCGGAUGGCCACCAAGCUACGGGACAAAAUUCUGGAUCCUCCAGCCCUGAUAUGUCUUCACAAUCAGACGAUUCGAGCCCGUCAGAGUCUGAUAGCGACAGCCAGUCUCCUGACAAAUCCAUGCCCCAGCAAAAUCCCACAAACGGCGAAUCUCCGUCCGCAUCUUCCCAUAGCCGGAACUCGGGUUCGCAAAAGCCGGGCGUAGGAUCCAGUGGGGGCCAGUCUACUGGAAGCACUGAUCAGAUAGCCUCGAAUGGGAUUCAGCCGAAUGGAGGAGCUUCGAACAAUGGAGGUGCUUCGAACAAUGGAGGUGCUUCGAACAAUGGAGGUGCUUCGAACAAAGGAGCUAAUCCGAACUAUGGAGCUAAUUCGAACCAUGGAGGUAUGUUCAGCAACGGAGAUGCUUCGGGCAAUGGGGAUGCUUCGAGUAAGGGAGGUACCUCAAACAGUGGGAGCACGAAUAGCGGAGGAGGUGUUUCGAGCAAUGGAAAGCUUGCGAAUAAUGGAGGUGCUUCGAUUAAUGGAGAUUCUCCGAGCGUUGGAGACGGUUCGAGCAGUGAAGGAGGUUCCUCAAAUGCUGAAGGUACCUCGAGCAAUGGAGCUGCAUCGAACAAUGGAGAAGGCUCGAGUAAUAGAGAUGGUCCCGAGCCGGAAGACGAAAGCAGUGCUGACUCACACGGAAUCCAAUACGUCCCCAGUAUCGUUAUGGCUGGCAAUUUGCCGGUCUCUAUCGCUAGCAACGUGGUAGUUGUCGGCUCUCAUACGGUCAACGCUGGAUCCCCGCCGACUACCGUCGUUGUCGGUGGUCAAACGAUAGCUAUUCAGCCGUCUCAAAUCGUGGCACAAGGAAAGACAAUUCCCAUACAAGCGGCAGUCACCCCUCCGCCUGCGAGUUCUGCGACAAUAGGUAAUGUGCCUGUUGUGCUGCGGCCUCAAGAUGUUGCAAUUGGCUCUAAAACAUUUGAGCACGGUUCAACGCCGACAUCGGUCGUUUAUAACAGUCAAACAUACAGCUGGGAUGCUAGCCACUUAGUGGGGGCGGGCGCAACGGUCGCUUUUCCAUCCGUGGAUUCCUCUGCUCCCCGCGUGACCGCUGGGGGUCAGGUGUUCUCUGUGUUCCCCUCCCAGCUCAAAGUAUCGGGAAGAUACAUACCUCUACCCAAUACUGCAAAUGCUUCUCCUUUCGUGUACAAAGGCCAGACUUUCGCGGUCAAUCCCUCACAAAUUAUCGCUCCUGACAUAAGUAUCAUACUACCUCCGGCCGGAAAGGUAACACCGUUCGUCUACAUUGACCACAGUCUUUCUGUGGAUGCGUCACAAUUCAUGGCCCGAUCGACGACCAUACCCUUAUCUUCUGGAUCCGGAAUUGUUACCUACAAUGGGCAGGUCCUUACUAUCAAGCCGUCCGAGAUCAUUGGCCCUAGUACGACCAUUGCACUUUCAGCGCUAGACGAUAGUGGUGCAUCGCCCACGGCUGUCACUACUGGAGGUCUCACAUUCUCAAUAGGACCUUCGGCUGCAGUGAUUGGAUCUUCAACCUACUCUUUCGUUCCUGGGAAGGCUCCCGCAACUAUAAUGACCCAUGGUGAAGCAGUCCUCGUGGGGUCAAAUGGCGUACAAUUCGGGAAUCUUCAUGUUCCAAUACCUACAAUUACCUCUAGCUUUUCAGCCAUCACUCAAGGAGAUCUGACCUUUUCAGUCGCUCCAUCAGAGGUGGUCAUUGGUGGUCAUACUAAUAAUAUCCAGUCUGACAUGACCCCAAUCACUACAAUUGUCGAUGGUCACACAAUCAGCAUCGGCCCCAAGGGCGUGGGCCUUGCCAGUACUACCAUUUCUCUCCCAACGCCCAAGCCAAGCUUUUCAAUGGCCACCGAGGGUGAUCUAACAUUUUCUGUCGCUCCUUCAGAAGUAGUGCUCAGAGGCAAAACAUAUUCUAUUGCAUCAAACAAGGCACCCAUUACGACAGCCAUCGAUGGCCAGAUAAUGACCAUUGGGCCCAAAAGCAUCCACAUCGAAGGCACCACCGUCAAUUUGCCGGUCAUCCAAACUUCAAACAGUGUAACAGCCGCCGGUCUCACUUUUGCAGUCGGAGCCACAGACGCAGUCAUCAGCGGCACUACCUAUGCCAUCGGAAGCGGAGCACCACUUCAAACAGUCGUGGUGGGUUCCCAAACUAUAGAGAUAGGAAGCGCUGGGGUCAUGCUUCCCUCUACCACAAUAGCCCCUGAGCAGACACAGAUUGCCGUAACAGCGGAUGGCUUGACGUUCUCAGUGGGCUCUACCAAGGCAGUGAUCAAUGGUACAACCUACGCCAUUGGAAGCGGUGCUAUGGCUAAGACCAUAGUAGAAGGGUCAAUAACGAUGAUACUAGGAACGGAUGGUGUCGCAUUGCCAUCGACGACGAUCAGACCUUGGUCGAGCGCCGCGCAAACAGGCUUCUCCUCUGUUCUCAGGACAUCUGGCGCCUCGUCUGCUGCCACUGCAACUGGACCUUUGACACCAAUAGUCAGAGAGCCCAACGAGACUUCCCAGAAUAUUUCGUUGCCGCAAAGCUCCCAAGAGAACACCCGAGACAGCCAACAUGGAUUCCAUGAUUCAGAUGUGCACCCUUCCCCCCAGCUUCGUGCUGGAGAAGGGAGGGCAAAACCGCGGCGUUCCGCCAGCAAUACGAGCCCCUCAGCAUCUUCUGCUGGAAGCUCUGACGAUGCACGGGAAAGACCAUUGCGGAGAUUGAGCCCGCCCUCGAGGCAGAAGAGCGGGUCACCUGUUGACCGCAUCAUCGAACAUGAGAAGGAUUUGACUUAUUUGCCAAAAAAGAGGGCUGAAGAGCGUACUUUCACUGUCGUUCAGAGAGGCAAGAAUCUUGGCUCUGCUCAAGUUGCGAUUGGAGAUUUUCCCAAUGAGGUCUUGACUCAUAUACUCUCUCAUCUCCCUCCGUCCUCAUUGUCAGAGGUCUCCCUUGUAUCACGGCGGUUCCAUCAAUUGGUGACGACACCCCACGCCUGGAGGAUAGCUUUCUCGCGCUUCUUCCCUGGAGCAGAGGCACUGAGUGCAUUGGACACCAAUUCGGAGCUGUCGGAAGAUAGUGAGAUACGUUCGGAAAGACGGUUCUUUACCCGGUUGACAGCUCUUGCAUCAUGGCGCAGCGAAUACAUCUUGCGCACCCGGCUACUUCGAUCGAUAGGCCGUGGCAAACCCACGGAAUCCUUGACGCCAGCUGGUUCUGGAUCCUCGCGACCUGGUACAGGCAGCAACGGCAGCGCUCACGUUACCUACAAUUCUGAUCUGGUCACGCUUGUUGACCACCUACAUGCUACGUUUGGGACUGGGUUCAAUAAAAGACUACCUCGCUUCAUACAUGGAGCCACUGAAGUCGGCAUGGCUUCUUCUAGCGACCCCAGAACCAGCAAAGUCGAUGCAUGGGGCUUCUCGGAUUCUCUCAUUACUCAGCAAUUUGAGGAUGUCCAUCCUGGCGAAGCUCCCUAUGGUCUUGGCGCUGGUGAAGUGAUUGGCCUGCCAAAUACCAUGGAUAUAAGUCAACCGUACGGAAUGAUUUAUGCAGAGGGAAUGCCUGGUGGCAGGGUCUACUACAGAUCUAUGGAAGAAAAGCGAGGCCGUGACUUGGCCUCCCCAUUGGACAAUUCGAUACCAGAGCUUGGCAUCCCGGCCACUCUGCCAACCGAAUCUAUGUGCUCAGUCUGGAUUAGUAAAACACCCAAUGUACCGGAUCUGUCCGAAGGGAUUGUUGGCAUGUUAGUAGGUUCUUCAAGCGGCCUAGUCUCUGCGUAUUCCUUGGGAACGAACCCUCUGCGUGAAAGACGGCUUGAACGUGGCGAAUUGACCGCUCGUUGGGUGCUAAGCCCAGGAGUACCCAUCAUUGCUAUCGCGGUCGACGAGAACUUUUCUUCAAAACGCCGAUUGCUCAAUCACAUCUGGGCUUUUGCACUCAAUGCGCUUGGGGAGGUGUUCUUCCUUAGCGAUUUUCCUGUUCGUCCUAACUUGGAUCGCGCACUGAAACUUGACAAAGCACGAAUUGAGCGACUGGCAUGGCAGACCGGACGCACAGUCCACUGGACGCUGGUAGAAGCAACGAGGCGUAUUGCUAGGCCCGAUCCUUUCGAUAGAUCCGAAGUCGAUGGUAGCUAUUCACCGAGGACCUCUUGGGAUGGAACAUGUCUUAGCAAAGAACAACUUGCCGCUGAAACUAAGGAGAUUGACGUUUUUCUCCGGAAGAAGCCAAAGAACUUUCGUAAAAUUUGCGAAGGUUGGGACAUGCGCAGGCGUCUGGAGGUUGACUUCGCAGCAAGUGAUGAGAAUGGAGCCGGUGAGGUUAUUCUUGUGAUAGGCUGCGGUUUAGACGAGGGACAGCAAGCCAUGAUCAAGCGAUAUACACGCUGCAAAGUAACAGAAUCCUCGGACGAAGAUCUGGCCGGUCAAGGCCCUUCGAUGCCUAUUGCACAAGGCGAUGCCAGCCACGGUUCAAUAUUCGGCGACCACAAUCUUUUGAUCAACGGGCAACCUACCUGGUCUUUCGAAGACAGAGCUCUCUCGCGGCGCAGUUCUACGAGUCCAUCAGACUCCGAGCUAAGGACACGUUUGAUUGAAGAAUGGCGCACAUCAGUGUUUCUACUUGGGGGCCUAAAGUCACCCCAAAUAACCACGACAGCUAUUGACUUGUCUAACUUCGCCUUGCUGACGAUCACGGAGGAUCCGCUACUCAGCGUGAGUGGGUCUUUGGCCGGUUCAUCUCCACCGUCGUCUCCUAUGGGAAGGAUGUUAUCACACUCAUUGACCGAUGUUCCCGGCCAACGUGCGCGACUAUUUGCCAUAGGUACAAAGACUGGAACCAUCGUUCUUUGGAAUGCACGAGCUCCUGUCGCUAGCAAUACCAUCUUGGAGAACAAUAUCAAGCCCAUACGGAUCAUUUACACAGACUCUCCGCAGAUCUCCUGCCUGGCCCUAAGUUCCCUCUACCUCGUGCAUGGCGGGAACGACGGUCUGGUACAGGCAUGGGAUCCUCUCGCUUCAACCACGGAUCCCAUUCGUACGCUCAACUCUCGAUUCUCUUCCCGUGCACGACGUCGCCUCGUCCAAGCUGAAGCAUCUCCCGCUGGCGUCGGAAUCAACCUCUUUGCGGCAGGGGCCAUCUGUUUGGAUCCCGACCCAACUAUCCUCCGCGGCAUGGUCUCACUCGGCUCGCACCUACGCUACUGGAGCUACAGCUCUCAAGCAGCGGACCAGUACAAGGGUAACAAACGCCGCCUCCGCCGUUCAGAACGUGGCAGCAACCAAGGCGGUGACCGCUUUUACGGCACCGGCAGAGGAGCGCUCAAGGAUUACAUCGCUAAUGAAAAGCUAGAGCUCGAGCGUGAGAAGCGAGAAAAGCGCGAAGAAGAAAAAAGGCUUGCUGGCAGAUUCGGGGUAGAUCUUUUGGGACCUGGCGCUAGUGAGGAUGAGAUCCUGGCUUACGCUACUAUGUUGAGUGAAGAGGCCGCGCAAAGCCACGAGUUGAGGAAGAAGAGUGCGAGUGACGGCGAAAGCAGUAGUACGAUAACUGAAGAGGCCGUGGCCUCGUCGGUCUCGUCGGCUGCACAGGAUGAUAUCGACGACGAUAUGGCCGAAGCUAUCCGCCUGAGUUUGCAGGAGAACAGCAACACGUCACCUUGCGCAAUUGGCAUUCCAGCCAAGUACGCCAAGGUUAAGAGGAAUAAAGCAUCACCUUCUGGCUCGCCUCCGAGAUCUGGUGCCUUCGGUGCGUCGCCUAAAGCAAGUGAGGCGUCUAAUAUUCCAGCCGCUGAGCUGGACGACCUCGAGUUCGCAUUGCGACUGAGCCAGGCCGAAGAGGAGAGCCGCGCACAAAGUGGGAAGGGGAAGGGAAGAGCUUUUUGA